AUGAUUAAUAAUGCAGUUAUACUUCAAGCAGAUGGAAAAGCACUAAAAGAUAUGUCCACAGAAAAACCAGCUUCUGAAGUGAUAAGUGCACCUACUGAUCAGUCACAUGCUGAUGUUUCAUCUGUAAAGACAUCUGUAACUCCUCAUCCAAAGACCACUGCUUAUAGUACUGAAAUGAAGGAAACAUUCAAUGUAACAAUGAAAGUUGGAAUUGAAGCCUCAGGAACAUCCCUUCCAAAGAAAUUGGAAAGAGAAUUGUAUGGUGACAAUCAUACCACAUAUCCAUCCCUGGUUAUAGCUCUUGGAUUUGGUCUUUUGUUCCUUUGUGCUGCUGUUGUUUUGAUCGGUCGUCCUUGGUGGUUUGCAUUCCACAGACCAAGAUAUUCCAAGGUGGAUUAUCUAAUGAAUGGACUCUGAAGCUCCCAUGUAAUUGUUAUGUAAAUAUUGUGAUCCACUUUGCCUGUGGCUGUUCAGUAGUAAAAGUCAGGGUGACAGUAGACAAAAGUGUUGAAAUAAAAAUACAAGGGAAUGCCUCUAUAUUGUUCUUGCCAUACUUUGAUGUCUCCUUUUGAUUAAUACUGAGGAGGGGUACAGCAAAAUGGAGUAUAAUUUUUUGAGAUGUAUUAAUAGAGAGGGCAAGGUUUUGGCAAUGAUGACAUCAUUAAUGAGUUGUCUUUGGAAACGCGUUUAUCAUAGGGAUGAGAACUUAUAAAAAUGUGUGAAUUUGCAUAGUUUAGAUUAUUAUAUAAAGAGUAAUAUUUUGUGAGAUAUUGGACGACCAUUCUCAACUUGUCACAACAAUCUGCUAUUUUUUUUAGCAGGUAAUGUUGUGGUGGGGUGAUAUAGAAUGCAAGUAUAUAUAGCUGUACCAGCUAUUAAAACCAGCCAUUUUAUGAAAGCCAUUCAUAUUUAUCAAAGAAAAGAGCAUCCUAAUUAUCAUAGUACUAAGUAUACUUAUUUACUUUAUGUCUAAGCUGUUAAAAGAUGCAUGUACGGAAGGUUUGGCAAUGGUGAGAUAAUUUUUUAACAAAUUCAUGUAACCAAAGUCCUUAUCAAAACUUGUCAUCAUUGUCAUUUAUUGUUGAUGUUGCUUUGAUGAAAUAUAUGUCUCUUUAAUCUAGGCCAUUUAGAGACAUAUCAGGGUAAAUUUCUUAGGAGUGCAAUGCUGUUUCUAGUUUUCUUCCUAGAGAUAUACAAGUUGUGAACAUACAAAAACUAAAGAUUUGUUGAUGUCAUACACUCAAUCAAAUUUUUCUGUGAAAAUGAAGUACACAUCUAAACUAAUUUAUAACUGUAGGAUUUUACAAUCAGAACAACCGUUUGUGUCACUAAUGAGUAUAUUGGAGGAUGAAAUUUUGAUCGUAGUAGCUUUACAAGUCCUAAAUGGACUAUUUGAAUAGGGUAAUUAGACAGUUUCAAUUUUUAUUGGAAGUCUUCAUUCUUGAUUUUCUCUAUGUGGAAGGUGAUUAAGCUUGUCUUAUAAACCAUAGACAAAAGAGGAAAACACCUUUUUGAUUUUGUUAAGGAUUUGAUUUUAGUAUUGAGUGGCACUAGUGUGUAUACCUUAAAAUCUUUUGUUGCAGUCACUGUGAUAGGUAUUACAUCAGGGGUUACAUAUAUCUAAAAAUUACAUAUUACUUACUAUAAUUGUUGGCUUACUUAUUGCAACCAUGAAAUGGGAAAUGGUAUGGAAGCUUAGACAUUUAUAUUAAGGUUGAUUCAAUCAUUUUCUUUGGUAAAACAUGUGGGACUUAAAAAUGCUGAUUAAAAAUGCUGAUUAAUAAUGCAUCCAUUUGAUUCCCCAAACAGUGAGGAUGAAAGGUAAAUCCUAAACUUUGGGUAAAAGUGACAUUACUAUGUUGCGAGGCAAGAGCAGUUCUAAGUUGGUAAAUUUGUUUAAGGUGAUAUUAAUAAAGUUAUGUUCUCAUAAAAGCAGCUACCUUCAGCACACUCCCAAUUAAUAAACACAUUUAUGUUGCUUUGGA